CUACAUUUAUUGCUUCAUUAUUUGUUAUCUUGAUGGUACCUGUCUGUGUUGUAAGCUAUGGAGAGGAACAAUCUGAUGAGACUGGCUCACAGCAUCCCGUUUACUCCUGUUUCCAUUUUGGGAGGGGAAGAAGUGAGCGUCUACUUUUUGGAGGAAGUCUGCUCUAAAGCUGAACCUGAGUCCAGCUCCGUCUCUUCCUGGUCGUCGCGGGUCCAGUCUGCGAUGCUCAAGCCACUCUCCAGCGAGGAGGGUUCCCUGGACGGCGGUCUCCGGCAGGGCAGCAGGAUGCUGUGCACCUGGGCACAGCAGGACGUGCUCCAGCCUGGUCAGAUAUACGUGGUCAAAGCCUUUAAGCCAGAGGUGAUCCGUGCCUGGCAGAGGUACUUUCAUGGGAGCACCGCGCUGCAGCUCUGUUUGAGGGAGAUCCAGCAGCAGAGAGCAGCGCAGAAGAUGAUGCAGGUGUUUAACCAGAUCAAACCCAAAGAUAUGCAUCACUCACCAAGAUUUCUAGAUGUUUCUCUGGUGCUUCGGCAUUCUAACGGCCAGUGGUUGACUAUCGAGAGAAACUUGAUCGGCAACUUCAGGAAGUACAAUAACAACACAGGGGAAGAGAUUGCCCCCUGCUGUUCAUUAGAGGACAUGCUGCUGGCUUUUUCCCACUGGACAUACGAGUAUUCACGCAGAGAAAUGCUGGUGCUUGACAUACAAGGAGUGGGAGAGGAGCUGACUGAUCCGACAGUCAUCAUGGCAGAUGACCAAAGCUGUAGCAGGGGUGAAGUGCUCUUUGGUCCUGAUAACCUUGGAGACGCUGCCAUCAACGGCUUCCUGCAGAAACACUCCUGCAACCUCUGCUGCCACAGGCUGGGACUAAAAGAUUUAAGGAGGCGCCCAGGCAGCGGCGGGAACUGCAGCGAGGCAGAGCCGGAGUCGGGGAAUGAAGAGGGCGAUGAAGACGAGACGUAGACCGAGGAACGAUGGAGGAGAUAAAAUAACACUCAAACGCACUUUUCCUACCAAAGAUGUUUUUUUUUUCUGAAACCAUGUUAGCCUUUUUUUUUUCUGUUUACAAUGUAAACUGCCUGAUAAGUGAGAGAGAGCCAAGUCUGCCAUCAGAUGUUUCUGACUGGACUAAAACUUGCUCAUAUUGUGCAUUCAUAAUUCAUGUGAAUAUAAUGCAAAGAAACAGAAAACUACAUGACAUAUAAGACAUUUUUAAUUUUUUUUGUAAAGAAUAAAUAAUUGAAAUAUUGUAAGCUUGCACACUGUGAAUUGUUGUAGCUCAAAUAAAAAAAAAAUCAAAACGUAAGACUUAAAAAAAUAACAAAAAAAAGAGAGACAGAGAUGCACCCA